AUGCCCCCUUGCUUCCCUGUCAUAGACAGAAGAGAGGAGGGGGAGAAGCAGAUGCGAUUCACCCUCUCAGACCUGCCCUUCGACGUGAACUCCGGCUUCGAGAAGGACGUGGAGAUGGUCUCGGCCCACCACCCCCUCGACCCCUCUUACGGCAGCUCCUUGUCACUGAUGGGAGGAGAACACCUUCGCCCCCUCCGGCUUCCCCCUACAAACUGCAUCUCCGAAGUCACCCCCGUGAUCAGCUCCGUCUACACCCAAAUCCAGCCCCUGCCGGGCGAUGAGGGUCCUUCAGGGUUGGGGGCCUGCGGCCUGGAGACAGGGGCCUCGCUCUUGGGAGCGCGCCUUGGCUUCAUUCGUCGCUCUCUGCCUUCUCCUCACCAGACGAAGAAGAGAAGGAACAACGGGCGGGCCAAGAAGGGCCGUGGGCACGUGCAGCCCAUCCGAUGCACCAACUGCGCCCGCUGCGUCCCCAAGGACAAAGCGAUCAAGAAGUUUGUCAUCAGGAACAUUGUCGAGGCUGCGGCAGUCAGAGACAUCUCUGAGGCCAGCGGCUUCGACUUUUUAUCUGUACUGUAA